AUGCAGAACUUUUUUAAAGUCUAAAAAUCUUAUAAAAAAGCAAGACUUUCAACUCUGAAUUUACGUCAUGGAGAAGUAUAAACCCCUGUAUUUAUGCCUGUUGGAACAAAAGGGACUAUAAAAGGCUUAACAUCACAGGAAAUAGAGAAUCUUGAUUAUAAACUAAUUUUAGCAAAUACUUAUCAUUUAGCAUUUUAACCUGGUGCAUCUUAAAUAGAGAAAUAUAAAGGAAUACAUAACUUUAUGAAUUAUUCUUUUAAUAUUUUGACUGACUCUGGAGGUUACCAGAUGGUAUCCCUCGAGAAAUUGUGUUAAAUUACUGAGUAAGGUGCUAAUUUUUAAUCUCAUACUUUACCAUCAGAAACAAUAAUUCUUACCCCUGAAAAAUCUAUUUAUAUAUAAAAUUAAAUAAACUCUGAUAUAAUGAUGGUAUUAGAUGACGUAGUCUCUCCUGUAAAUACGACUGAAGACAGAAUAAAAGAAGCUUGUGAACGUACAAUAAGAUGGGUUGAUCGAAAUAUUCAAGAAAAAAAAUUAAGGAAUUCAAAUUAGGCUAUGUAUGCAAUAAUACAAGGAGGAAUAGAUAAGAAUUUAAGACUUUAAUGUAUUUAAUAACUAAAAGAUAAAGAUGUAUAAGGAUUUGCUAUUGGAGGUUUAUCAGGAGGAGAAAAUAAAGAAAAAUUUUGGGAAACAGUUGAUUUUUGUACUGAUCAUUUGCCAAAAGAUAAACCAGUUUAUUUAAUGGGUGUUGGGUAUCCUGAAGAUUUAAUUGUUUGUGCUGCUUUAGGCGUUGAUUAAUUUGAUUGUGUUUUCCCUACAAGAACAGCUAGAUAUGGUAUGGCUUUUAGUAGAUUUGGACCUCUUAAAAUUAAAAAUAAGGAAUUUAAAUAUGAUUUUAGACCUAUUGAUUAAAAUUGUUUAUGCUAAGCUUGUUAAUAAUACACAAGAGCAUAUCUCAAUUAAAUUUCUAAAUAAGAAGUCUUUUGUAGUUUAUUAAGUCAACAUAAUUUAUUUUUUUUAUAGAAAUUAAUGAAUUAAAUUAGAAAAGCAAUUGAUGAAUAAAAACUAGAAGAGUUCAUGUAAUUAUUUUUAAUUAAUUAUUUUUAAAAUGGAUAAAAAAUACCUAAUUGGAUAAAAAAUGCUUUAGGAAAAUAUAAAUUAAUAAAUUUAUGA